CACUGAACCUAAUUCUGCUUAGAGAAUGAGAGGUUGAGAAGAGCCUACACCUACUUUAUUUAUCACAAACAAAGAACUCAUUCCUCUCUCCAAAUUCACCACCAAUUUUAAUUAAUCAUUAUUAUUAUUAUUAUGCCUUUCAUACUUCUUACCCAAACAUACACAUAACUUUCCAACCUUUUCCUUUUUUCUUAACCUUAUUAUAAUAACAAUUAAUUAUUGUUAUUACCACUCUCAACUCUAAAGGUGGUUCAUGUUAAGGGCAUGUUUGGGGUUGAACUACCAUGGUAGAAUGGAGGAACUGCCAGGGGCGUUUGGAAGCAGCGCCAGUUUGGCUCUCAGAUUGGGCCAAACAGUCUUCUCCACUGCUUCCCUUCUCUUCAUGUGUUUGGAUGUUGAUUUCUACGGCUACACCGCUUUCUGCUACUUGGUAACCGUCAUGGGUUUGGUAAUUCCCUGGAGCCUAACACUGUUGGUUGUAGAUGCAUACUCUGUCUUUAUAAAAUGUUUACCACUUCAACGAAGACUCGUAAUGAUCAUAUUUUUGGGAGACAUGAUUUUGUCAUAUCUCUCAUUAGCUGCAGCAUGUUCAACAGCCAGUGUCACAGAUCUCUUGCUUGAUGCUGAUAGAUCCUAUUGCCCCGCAAAGUUAUGUGGUAGAUAUCAAUUAUCUGCUGCCAUGGCCUUCUUGUCUUGGUUUCUUUCAUCAGCAUCAUGUCUGUUUAACUUCUGGCUUGUCCCUUCUUUGUAAAAUAUAUCUUGCUUGCAGUUGACAUGUACACGAAUGAAAAAGGCACAAAUGACGAAGUCAUUUGCUCUUGUGCAGAUAUUUUUUGUUUCCAUGUGAAUAAAAUUAUCAUAACUAUAGCCAACAAUGUAAUAAUGCUUUUCCCCUGCAAGAGAAAUACGAAAAUUCCAUGUCUUGGUUCUCAAUGCUUC